AUGAGUGCUCCGACACCCACGAAGAAGCGCUAUGCCCUCAUAGGAACUGGCGGGAGAGCCGGUCUCUUCUACACGAGCAUUGCCCGAGACUACAGUGAGACUAGCAUCUUGGUCGCGAUAUGUGAUACAAACCAGACCCGAUUGAAUUACGCCAAAUCAAAGAUUGAUCCAUUGACGGGUGGCCAAAUCCCAACUUAUCUCGCCAAGGACUUCGACAAGAUGAUCGAAGAAACCAAACCAGAUGAAGUCAUUGUCACCACCAUUGAUCGAACCCACCACACCUACAUUGUGCGCGCUUUAGAACUUGGCUGCAAUGUCAUCACCGAGAAACCAAUGACCAUCGACGUACCACAGUGUAACGAGAUCUUCUCCGCGGUCGAUCGAACCAACAAGCGAGUCAGAGUGACUUUCAACUACCGAUACGCGCCCCACAAUACGAAAAUCUUCGAACUCAUCCGCUCGGGCGCCAUCGGCAAGGUGACAAGUAUUCAUUUUGAGUGGAUGCUCAAUACUUCCCACGGGGCGGACUACUUCCGACGCUGGCAUCGAGAUGCGCGAAACAGUGGUGGACUUUUGGUCCACAAAUCAACCCACCACUUCGACUUAAUCAACUUCUGGCUUCAGUCCAGACCGAAGACUGUAUAUGCACAGGGAGACCUCAAGUUCUACGGCAAGAAGAAUGCGGAAGAGCGCGGCGUCACCAGUUUCUACUCGAGGGCCUUUGGCAGUGAAGCUGCCAAAGAUGAUCUCUUUGCACUCCACAUGGACCAGAAUCCACAGCUCAAAUCUCUUUACCUUGAUGCCGAACAUGAAGACGGUUACUAUCGUGACCAGAGUGUCUUCGGCGACGGAAUCAGCAUCGAAGACACGAUGAAUGUGCUCGUCAGAUAUGAAAACGAUACUGUUUUGACAUAUUCCCUUACCGCGUACGCGCCGUGGGAGGGCUUCCGCGUCAGCUUCAAUGGAACAGGCGGAAGACUGGAAGCCGAAAUCGUAGAGAGCAGCUAUGUCAACUCCGGUGGGGAGCAGUCUCUUGAAGGCGCCGCCGAGGACAUUACAUUGCUACUGCGGCCCUUGUUCCAGGAGCCACGGAAGGUCGAGGUUGUGCAAGGGAAUGGAGGCCACGGAGGAGGCGAUGAGGUGAUGCUUCGAGAUCUGUUUGGAGAGGUGGAGCCAGAUGAACACAUGAGAGCUGCCAGUCAUGUUGAUGGGGCAGCGUCCAUUCUCACAGGUGUCGCUGCCAACCGAUCUAUCCGUACUGGGCAGGUUGUGAAGGUCAGCGACAUCUUGACUCUUCCGUAG